AUGAAAGGGUUGGGGACCAACCGUAACAGACACCUGUCUGAUUCCUGUGAACCUUCACCAGGCCAUCCAGACGCCCUGUACAACCAGAGGACCAGCACCCUGCCGCGUAGCCCUUACCUGCUGAGCCCCACGAUGGACCACUACGGCACCAUGGACCCUCACAUGUAUCAGACAGCAAAUCCAGGCUCCCUCCCACCAGACUGCAUGCUGCCCCUCAACAACCAGCUGUCCAACAGCAGCACCUUCCCCAGAAUUCACUACAACUCCUACGACCAGUCAGACUUCUCCCCACCUGGGGACAGCAUUGGCGGGAUAAGUACUGGCACCAUGGGCACCUCCAUGUCCAUGGGCAUGGGAGCAGGCAUGGGAAUGACAGGGCUGAGUGCUCGAACACCUAUGAUUACAAGUGGCUCAGCAACUAUAUCACAUCACAUGACCAAGAACCAGGCACCUCCCAGCCUGCUAGAGUUUGAUAAACAGCUACCUGGAGGCCGUGAUGGUUUCAGCACUUUGCAGUUUAGUAGAACGUCUGCUGUUACAGCAGCCAAGCAGCGUACAGACAGUCCAGGCCGUAUCCGUUACAUGCUGCACUCUGUUCAGAAGCUCUUUGCAAAGUCCCAGUCCCUGGAGAGCCAGCACAUGAAAGGAAAUGUCAACGGACGCUCCACUGGCAGUGGUGGAGGCUCCUCCGGCACAGAAGAUGGAGGGAAGCACAAUCGCAGAUCCAAAAGCAAAGACAGGGGUACAAAAUCAGAGGGGACUGCCAAACGACGGCCACGCUCCAACAUGUCAGGUUAUUGGAGCUCAGACGAUUUGGACAGCAGUGAUUUAAGCAGCUAUCAUAACACCAUGGCCAUGAUGACUCUGGGACGUCCAACUGGUCAGGACAACCAGGGAGGGCAGAGUAGAUACAUCCACAGUGGCUACAACACUAUCAGCACCUCCAAAAGCAGUAGUGACAUGAAGUAUCCAGCACUUCCAAUGCCAGGAGGUGGGGGAGGUGGAGGAUUUGGUGAUUCAGGGAGAUUAAUGAUGAAUGAUAACGAAUAUAUGAAAGGAGGGUCAUGGUCCACACUGACCAUGGGCCAGCCAAGACAAGUGAUCCAAAAGGGUUCGGCUACUCUGGACAGGUCAAUGCUCAAGUCCAAGUCCUGCCAACAGGAGCUAACCUGCAACUACCUGCAGGUUGGACGAAGGGUUAGUACAACAUUAGGUGGUAAUGGUGACUGGAGUAGCUCAUUAGGACGCAACAUUGGUGCCAAUGAAAUCCCGUGCCGGCGGAUGCGCAGUGGCAGCUAUGUGAAAGCCAUGGGAGACAUGGAAGACAGUGACGACUCAGAGGGAAGCCCCAAACCCUCGCCAAAAACUGCUGCUCGUCGCCAGAGCUAUCUCAGAGCUACGCAGCAUUCUCUGAGCGACCAGUUACCCCCGCGCAACUGUCUUCCAUCUCUCAGAGAGCUCUCCAACAAUCGCAGCCUGGACAACCUAGACUGCAUUGGUGGUACAGUGUCAUCUCUGCCACCCUGGGAUGACGAUGACUUUAGCCAGGCCUGCAGCACCCUGGGCAGACGUAGCUGUAUGGGACAGCUACGGGACCUAGAUAUGAGUCAUUACGAGGAUCGCAGCUCCGAGUCCACAUUCAGAGAUUCCCGUUCCCACUCUCAGGACAACCCAGAGCCUCCAGACCUUCCCAUGCCGACAUGCUUCCGAUCCCGUAGCCACAGCUACCUGAGAGCCAUUCAGGCUGGCUGUUCCCAAGAUGACGACACAGCAUCCAUGGACUCAGGCUGUUCACCACCUCCAACCGACCCCACUGUUCGCACCUACAGCACCAGCACUGUCUCUACAUGCAUAACCACCUGUAAGAAGGCUGCUCCUCCACCAGUACCGCCCCGCACAACCUCCAAGCCCUACAUCUCUGUCACCGUACAGAGCAGCACAGAGUCAGCCCAGGACAACUACCUGGAUCAGCAGGACAGGAGAUCUGAGGUCAACAGCCAGUCAAGCCACGCCCACAGCAACUCCUCCGACAGCCUCGACAGCACCCGUGCCAACAGCUUGGCCCGGGGUAUCCCCCGCCCUCCUCACAUCAUCCCCACACCCAUCGCAAUUCCAAGAGAGCCAAUCAUACCCACCACCUCCAACGCUUCCACUGAGACGAGUGAUGCAGUCAUCCAGAAUGAAUCUGUGAAACCAGGAUCAAAUAAAGGGAAUUUAGUAGCAGAGGAGCCUCUCGAGGCACCUGUACCCAGGCGGAAACUGUCCUCCAUCGGCAUACAGGUUGACUGUAUUCAGGAAGUUCCACGCGAGGAGACACCGCCGUUGGCCAAAUUUCAGUCAAUCGGAGUACAGGUGGAGGACGGGUGGCAGAACAGUCGCUCCAGUAGCAUGGCCUCAAAACAAGAAACAGACUCAGACACACAGGACAUCCUCGUCAUCACUCAUAUCAAUAACACAAAACCCCCUGAGAAGAAAGUCAUGGUCAAUAGUGGCAGCCAAUCCAUGUGCUCCCCUCCUGGACAAGACUCUUUAGACAAUGGUGACACCGCUGGUGAUACGUCCUCACCUCCACUACCAAGACAGAUCCUAAACCGCUCCACCACACGAAGUAGCUCUUCCUCCUUCUCAGAAAGCCUGGACCCCGCUCUUGACCCCUCAUCUCUGCCACCUCCGGACCCCUGGCUGGAGAGCGGGAACGGGAGUAACAGCAGUGUUCCCCAGGGUGGAGGAGGGGGGACUCUGUGUCGGAGAGAUGGACACUGGUUUCUAAAGCUGCUGCAGGCUGAGACUGGACGGAUGGAGGGCUGGUGCCAGCAGAUGGAACAGGAGACCAAAGACAACCAGCUCUCGGAGGAAGUGCUGGGGAAGGUUCGCAGUGCAGUAGGAAGUGCUCAGCUCCUGAUAUCCAAGAAGUUCAAGCAAUUCAGAGGACUGUGUGAUCAGAACUUGAAUGUGAAUGCCAACCCUCGGCCCACAGACCAGGACCUGGCUGGUUUCUGGGACCUGCUGCAGCUCUCUAUCGAGGACAUCAGCCUCAAGUUCGACGAGCUCUACCACCUCAAGUCUAAUGACUGGCAGCCUAUUCAGUCUGCGGCUGCCCAGUCGCCCCCUGAGCGGAAGGACGAGGAGAAGGUGGACCCUCCAACGUCAAAGAAGCCCGGUAAGGGGCGACCGUUGUUGAGCCGCGAGAAGAGUGCCGACUCCUCAUCCACGUCUUCUUCGGCUUCAGCAGAGAAGCAGAGGCAAGAGGCUCGCAAGCGUCUGCUGGCUGCCAAAAAGGCUGCAUCAUUUCGCCAGAACUCUGCCACAGAGAGUGCAGACAGCAUUGAAAUCUUCGUCCCCGAGGCCCAGACUCGCCUCUGAGAGAGACAGUGAGGGGGGGUGAGGAUGUGGGGUUGGACGACAGAUAAGUGUCACUUGAAGAGGAAAACUUUUGCAUUGCAAAUGAGCUACUCUGAAUUGAGAUAAAUGGAGGUGGGGGAAGGAGAACUCAAACUCCUAGAGAUAUAAGGUGGUGGUGGGGGGUGGAUUUGGGCAUUUUUGACAUGCGCACAGUGAUAGGCUGGUCCUGAUGGAAUCAAACACUCAUUAUUAGACAUUAAAUAAAAUUAAACCAGAACUUUCUUUGACUGGACAGACUAUGAAGCAGGAGACUCCUCAUUUGAGGCUGCCAUUGAAAACCUCAGCUGAAGAACUGUCAUUUCUUGUUCCUACUCUUGAUAUAAUAAACUUGUUAAUGAAGAUAUUAUUACUAUGAUGAUUAUAUCCAAAAGAAUCUAUAUGAAGACUGUUUUAAAUUCUCCUUUAUCUUGGCUAUAAGAUGUAUUAAGAAGACAGAAGACAAACAUUAAUGCUUCUGUCCCUCAUUGUCCUCCUUUCUCUUCCCAGAUCAUUGGCCAUCUUGUAGCUUUGCACAACACCACCUUGUGGCCAUCGAACACACUGCACACACUACAUCCACAACACUCACAUACGAAUCAAACCCAUGUACGUCUUCCUUGUAUUAGUUUAACCCUGCUCACCUUUUGUUUUGUAUGGAAAAAUCAGUCUAGGUCUGCUUCUUCUGAAUAUUUUUGGUAUGAGAAAACUCAGAUUUGAAUGGGUAUUUAUAUAGAUCUUAGCUAUUAACUCUUAUGUGUGUGUCCUUCUAACUUUUGUUGUGUCAAAGAUUUUAAACACUGGUGAGAAGAAGUGCGUCAACAGUUUUGAAUGAGAGCACAUUCCUAUAGAAAACAUCACCGAGCAUGAGGAUCUAACAGUGGCCACAAUAUUCCUGUCUUCUUUGUAAGGGAGACGGCUUCCCCCUCUGUUUACGUCUCCUUUGCUUUUUUCUGUCCCAUUAUUUUUAUUCCCAUGUCUGUGUUGCAUCUGCAGAUCUGUGAUUAUUUCAAUCAGGAUGAGUUUUUUUACUCCAUCUGUCUGUUCAAUGCUUCUUUAAGUGCUUUUAAUAACCUCACUAAUUAUUCAGCGUAUACAGGACAUUUGAAAUGAGUCUAGGGCUUUUACUGAAGUCAUACAUCAGGCUGAAUAUGCAGGGUAAUACAUAUGAACGUGUUAUUUUAUACUGUCUUCAUUAAUCAAACAAAUCAAGUUUUUUGUUACCAUUCUCGUUUCCCCUUUAUUGAACAUCAUCCAAAGUACCUGCACUUUUUUAUUCAAAGAAAAAAAUAUUUAAUUAAAAGCA